AUGCUUGAAAGGCUUGCUAACCAUCCUUACUAUUGUUUCUUAGAUGGUUACUCAGGUUUUUUCCAAAUCCCAAUCCAUCCCGACGACCAAGAGAAGACAACAUUCACAUGUCCAUAUGGAACGUUCGCGUAUAGGCGAAUGCCUUUUGGCUUGUGUAAUGCACCGGCUACGUUUCAAAGAUGCAUGAUGUCAAUCUUCACAGACUACAUAGAAGACAUAAUGGAGGUAUUCAUGGAUGAUUUCUCAGUUUAUGGCACAUCCUUUGAUGUUUGUUUGUCAAAUCUUAGCAAGGUCCUCAAGAGAUGUGAAGAGAAGCAUCUAGUGCUAAAUUGGGAGAAGUGCCAUUUCAUGGUGAGAGAUGGGAUCGUGCUCGGUCAUAGAAUCUCGGAGAGAGGCAUUGAGGUUGACAAAGCCAAGAUCGAGGUAAUGGUGAACUUGGAACCGCCCAAGAACGUCAAAGGAGUAAGAAGCUUCCUAGGGCACGCGGGAUUUUAUAGGAGGUUCAUAAAAGAUUUCUCCAAGAUAGCGCGCCCUCUCACUCAGUUACUUUGCAAAGAAGUGGCGUUUGAAUUCAGUGGAGAAUGCCUCGCGGCGUUCAAGAAAAUCAAAGAAGCUCUCAUUAGCGCGCCGAUUGUACAAUCACCGGAUUGGGAGCUUCCUUUUGAGAUUAUGUGCGACGCAAGCGACUACGCCGUUGGAGCUGUGUUAGGCCAAAGGAAAGAGAAGAAACUCCACGUCAUAUACUAUGCAAGCCGGACCCUCGACGAGGCACAAUGCAACUAUGCCACCACGGAGAAGGAGUUAUUGGCGAUUGUCUUUGCAUUCGAGAAGUUUCGCUCAUAUCUCGUUGGCUCCAAGGUUAUAGUGCAUACCGAUCACGCGGCUCUCAAGUAUCUGCUGUCAAAGAAAGAUGCAAAGCCAAGACUUAUACGCUGGAUACUUCUUUUGCAAGAAUUUGACCUAAAGAUCAUCGAUAGGAAAGGCGCGGAGAAUGGCGUGGCCGACCAUCUUUCAAGAAUGAGAAUCGAAGAGAGCAUACCUAUAGAUGACUCAUUACCAGAGGAAACGGUCUAUGCGGUAAGCGCAGUACCUAUGUCGAGGAAAGAGACCCCACCAAAAGCGACCACGGAGAGGAGAAAUGCCUUUGGCGCGCCUUGGUAUCGUCAUAUAGCCAACUAUCUCGCGGCCGACAUAGAGCCUCCAAACUUCUAUGGAUACAAGAAGAAGAAAUUCUUGAAAGACAUCAGAUUUUACUUCUGGGACGAGCCAUACCUCUACAAGAAGUGCCAAGACGGAUUGUUUAGAAAAUGCGUGCCGGAGGAAGAGAUAGCCGGGAUUCUCCAUGGAUGUCACGGAUCAGCUUACGCAGGUCAUUUUGCUACGUUCAAGACAGUCUCUAAGGUCUUGCAAGCGGGUUUUUGGUGGCCUACAAUGUUUAAAGACGCUCAAGCAUUCAUCUCACGUUGUGAUGCUUGCCAAAGAAUGGGGAACAUAAGCAAAAGGAAUGAAAUGCCGCAAAACUUUAUCUUGGAAGUUGAGGUGUUCGAUGUUUGGGGAAUUGAUUUCAUGGGACCCUUCCCCACAUCCUUUGGAGAUCAAUACAUCCUAGUAGCAGUGGACUAUGUCUCCAAGUGGGUUGAGGCAAUAGCAGCUCCAACAAAUGACUCGAGCGUGGUGAUAAAAAUGUUCAAAUCUAUCAUAUUCCCAAGAUUUGGAGUUCCAAGAGUUGUGAUAAGUGAUGGAGGCUCACACUUCAUCAAUCGGAUCUUUGCAAACCUUCUAAAGAAAUAUGGAGUGCGGCACAAGGUAGCAAGCCCUUAUCAUCCACAAACAAGCGGCCAAGUGGAGAUUUCAAACAGGGAAUUGAAGAGCAUCCUACAAAAGACGACCGGGAAGAAUAGAAAGGAUUGGUCAGCCAAGCUAGAUGACGCUCUUUGGGCGUAUAGAACGCUUUCAAAACACCUCUCGGGACAACUCCAUUUCAUCUUGUCUAUGGCAAAGCGUGCCAUCUACCGCGGAGAGGCGCCUGAUCCAACUAACGAGCUUGAGGAGAUAAGACACUUGGCUUACGAGAACACCAAAAUCUACAAAGAAAAGACCAAAGCUCUCCAUGAUAGGAAGAUAGUGCCUAAGUCUUUCGCCGCUAACGACCAGGUUCUGCUUUUCAACUCAAGACUCAAGCUUUUUCCCGGCAAACUACGCUCAAGAUGGUCUGGCCCGUUCAAGAUAAAAGAAGUCAAGCCAUAUGGAGCAGUGGUUCUUUGGGACCCUAGUGGAGGAGACUUCACCGUAAACGGUCAGAGGCUAAAACCAUACCUAGCCAACUCGGAAAAGGGAAUAGAGGAAAUCAUACCUUUGGCCGAUGCACCACAAGAAUAA